GCUUCUCCGUGAAACUUCUGCUGCGCUGUGACAUCUUUUUUUACAUGACCUGCAUAUAUGUACACAUGGAUUGGACAGCUUCAACUUUAAUGAGUUAGUACGUCAUGAGUUAGUACGACACGUUUCGAUUCAUCGAAAAUACUGCUAGUUAUUUCACAAUGCAAGGUUUGUCAGAACUGUUUUAGUCCUCUGCUAUAUCUUCGAGAGAGAGAAAGGGUGACUUUUGUUAUUGAGAAUUGCUGGAAGCCUAUCGAGUGAGGCAUACAUGAAGAAAAACGUGUUCUGACAUAUCAGGUCUUGAAAAGGAUUCUUGAAGAAGACUAACAGUACUACUACUUGUAGUACUAACAGAAGAUGGCCUCCUAGCAACUGCUUGGAUUAUUGCAGAAUGGAGAAUAUAAUAAAGCUGCCCAUUGAGAAAUGGACAGAGGAUCAAGUGGGCUCCUGGCUACAUGGCAUAGGAGUAAAAGAGAAGUACAUUAGCAAGCUCUGUGAUGAGGAAGUGGAUGGACCAGUCCUCCGUGACAUAACUGAAAACUAUCUUGUAAACAAAACAGGAAUGAAGUCUGGGCAAGUUUUUUUGAUCCUCAGUAAUAGAGACCAGCUCAUACAAACAAUUAAGAAAACACAAAUGGUUAAAGAAAAACAGCAACAACCCCCAACAAAAGAAAUCUUAGGGAAUCCGAAGGAGGCAGACAAGCCAAGAAUGGGAAAAGAGACAGAAAACCCAUCUAUGGUUUGCAAAAAGAUCAUAGGAAGUCCGAAAGAUGUAGAAACACCAAUACAGGAGACUGUGGUCAUGCCAUUUUCAAAGAGGAUCUGUAGACAGAGUUCAUCUGACAAAAGUAUUAAUUUUGCAUAUAUCUGUACCAAUGUCCUUCAGCCUGAAACUGGCAUUUUCGAUCUUGUUUCUCCCUGUCAUGAGUACAAGUCAUUUACCAUUGCUGCCAAAUUAGACCGCCCUAGAUUACAGGCAAAGUUUGCCAGAGAAGUUCUCAAAUUUGGCACAGGUUGCAUGAACAUCAGAUCCAAUGGAACAAUCCAUUUUGGAGUUAUGGAUAGUAGGGAGGACACAGGCUAUGUCCAUGGUGAAAUUAUUGGCAUACCAGUGCCAGAGAAAGACAUUUAUGUCGAUGCUUUAGAUCACAUAGAGAGAUGUUACUCUCGUUCUGAUGCUGAAGAUGUAAGGCGAUGCAUACGUCCACCAGAGUUCAUUGAGGUCACUGACAUACAUACAGAUGAGAAGAGGUAUGUUGUGGAAGUUGACAUUGUACCCUUACUAAGCAUUGUGAGGACCAAAGUGUAUAGUGUUCGCCUGCCAAACUUUAAUGAGAAGUCCAACAAGGUCAUGCAUGAGAAGGACGCUAUCUAUUGUAGAGUGGGUGCUACAACCAAGCCAGUGGAAGACCAACAUGAGUUUUAUCAGCGGGUUUCUACUCGGGAUGCACAAAGAGAAGCUGCAGAGGACCGUCAGUGUGUGCCCAUGCCAGAAGCCUGCCCAGAUCUGGGGAGGAAACUCACAAUGCUUGUUACAGGUGGCAAGAAAUAUAUUGAGAAGGGCAAAUGGUUUAUCCUGGUUACGAACAAAUUCCGCAGUGAACACUUAAGAAGCAUUGACUUUUUACUGAAUAUGAGGAUCUUCUGUGUCUUUGAUUUUGAUCCUGACUCCAAUUUGUCUGGACUCUGCCAGGAAUAUCGGAAACAUCAUGCUGCAAACUUGCACUUCAUGCAUGACUACAUUAUAUCAAGUGGUAUGACCUCUGAGGAAUUUCAAAACAAAAUGCAUUUGUUUGAUCAAACCAGCUGGAUCUUCUGCAAUGGUCGCAAUGAUUUCAGAGGAAAGGAGCAGUGUGAUGACAUGACGUGGUUCAAAACUAAAAGGACUCAACUAAAGGAAUGUGUAUCACUGAUCUGCAAACAGAUCCUGCCUAAAGGUACCUUCACAUUGAUCUUCCUUCUUACUUCUCCAGUCGAGAAACCUCUCCUGCACACCUACAGUGAAUUCUUCUCUGACAUGCAGGGUCAUGAAGACAUCAUCUGCAUAUCAGAAUCUGAGGAUAACUUUGAAAAAUGGCAGAGUUUUGCAGGGGGGAGUUUUUGCAGCGAAAGCACAGUGAACCUUUUAAGUGUUGUGGGAAUGAAAUUAAGUCAUGUCAAUGCAACACUACAACAUAUCCAGUCUGUGGCUUCUCGAACCCCAAAACAUCUACCCAAUUAUGCAAAAGGAGAGUGUCUUCUUGAGAGUCGAGAGGAGGAGAGGAUGUACUCACUAGAGAUUCUCUGCAUAGACCACUGUGAUGAAACCAGAGAUGUCAUCGAAGCUGAGAAGGAAAACAUUGAACAGGACUUCUACCAUGGUGGAAAAGUGAAAUGGAUGAAUUUCUGGCUGGCAGAGAAAAGACAUGUUGGGAAGGUCAUUCAAAGGGAUGCUUACCAGGAAAUCUCAAAUCUCCUCAAUGACUGCCUUAAAAACAGUGCAGACCAGUUGCACACUCACAGCCUCAACAUAUUUCAUCACCCAGGCAGUGGGGGGAGCUCUAUUGCCCGGCAAGUCCUGUGGAACAACCGGAAGAAGCUCAGAUGUGCAGUUGUGAAACCAUCAUACACUGCUGUCAUAGCGUCUGAACAUGCAUAUCGGCUUCGGACAUAUGAGGAAAAUGAUAUCCAAAAAUGUGUUCCAGUCCUUUUGCUUGUAGAAGACUGUGAUGAUGAUUUUUUAAGUGACUUAAAGAAUGAGUUGGAGGUUGCCAUUACCAGACAGAACAUUACACAAGGAACACUGUGCUACAUUGUUCUGAGUUGUAGACGAUCCUACAAUCCAGAGAAAAAGUGCAAGGAGUCACCAUUUCAUAAUGUGCAGGUGACCCACAAGCUAUCAAAGGAAGAAAAGAAGCAGUUUUCUGAUAAAAGGAAUAUGCUUGGAGAACAAUACAACCCAGAGUUUAUCUUGACAUUUGUUCUCAUGAGCGAAGAAUUUAACCAUCAGAAGAUUUCUAAGUAUGUGGAGAAGUUUGUAAAACAUUUGCUUCAGGACAUUGACCAUGACCAUGUUGUCACUCAUCUCAUCCAUUAUGUGGCACUGCUGAACACUUAUGUGCAGAACUCUUUCCUCUCCCAGUCCCAUUGUGAAGCUCGACUUACUCUCUCUUUGCACCUCCAGUUACUCCAGGAUGUUGUCAAAGAAGAGUUUCGCCAGCACGCUUUUGAGGAAGCACUAACUGAGCCUGGCAAACUGGUUUUUAUACACCUGAGGGAUGAAAGAACAUACUUUGGAUCCAUCAGAAUAAUUCACCCCUUAGUUGCAAAAGAAAUACUGCAGCAGCUCUUAAGUCAGGGGAAGCAAGAGAGUGAAUUGGCUCUGGAGCUUCUCCAUGAUGAUGUCUUGUUUGAGCACAGAUUUGGCAGGGAAGACUAUGUGAAGUGUCUGCGAGACCUUUUCAUGAGGCGUGAUAGGAUCAGCAAAGGAGACAAGAGGAACAGUUUCUUCUCCCCCUUUAUUGAGCAUGUGAGAGAUAAAGAAAGUCCUGAGACAGCAGUGAAUCUCCUCAAAGAAGCUUACAAGCGUUUUGACAAGGAUCCUCUAUUUGCUCAACAUCUGGCUCGACUGAAUUACAGCCAGGAGAAAUUUGAAGAGGCAGAACGUUGGGCUGAGCUAGCUAGCAAGAAAUUGCCAAGCAAUCCAUUUAUUCUUAACACUAAAGGCCAAGUGUACAAGAAAUGGUUCUACAAAAAGGUGUCAGGACUAAAGAAAGAGAAUAAAACAGAAGAAAGAAUAGCAGAUGUGGUCAGAACUGCUAUCAAAGCCAUGGAUAGCUUUCAGGAGUGUCAGAGAGCAUCUAUUGAAGAUGCUGACUCUAUGAGCAAAUCAGGAUUUUUUGCAGCAGCUGAAGUGGGAUGUCAAUUAUUGCAGCUAUUUUUCACUUCAUCUGUGUUCACUAACAAAACAGAAUGUGUGAAAUAUUUGCUCACUGACCACAUUCCUGACAAUUUGAAGAAGCCAUGGGAGGAUUUUCACAGCAAACUUAAAGAUCUUCAUAUCAUCAUUCAGAAAUCUCUGGAGUGGAUAUCAGAGGACCUAAGCUAUUUUCAGACAGACCCAAGUGCAGACGAGGAGGAGACUAAAGAUCAAAUAAAGCAUUCUAAGACGUGGUUGGUGAGAAAGUCAGUAGAGUUUGGGGAAUAUUUCAGUGCACACAAUGCUCAUCCUGAGUCUGGAUCAGACAUUCCAACCCCUGCCAUGACACGCAUGAAAAUAUACCAACUGGGUGGUGGAAACAUGACCAACAUCUUCUCCAUUUUGACUGAUUCCAAAAGAAAAAAUAAAGUCAAAGUUCUGGAGGACCUCAUAUGUUUUUACAAACAACUGAGGGGAAAGAUGGAUAACAUGGAUCUUGUCAACUAUAUAGCCUCAAACAUCACUCUUAGCUGUCUCUCAACUCAUUCUAAAGCAUUGGCUUCUCUUAAAGAGCUUCAAGAUCUCAGCCAGAAGUUUCCCAGUGACAAACAGAAAUGUCAACCAAAUGCUCUCUUCUUACUGACACUCCUGUUCUGGCCCGAAGACCACGACAGUGAAGAAGACAAGGGGGAAAAAUAUGAAUUUGUGUUGUCCGUGGUCAAAGUUCUUACAACCCACUACUUUGAAAAAAUGAGGGAUAUUCCCGCAAGAAAGACAAGAAUUAGCACACAUUUUUUCUUGGGAAAUGGAAAUGGAUUGGGAAAGAUUGUUCACAAGAGCAAGGUAGAAGCAACCACAAAAUCCCUGCCAGUGUCAGAGAAGUAUCAUGGAGAGGGGUGGAAGAUGGAAGAAACAGCCCAACUGUUGAGACUGGUUUCUGGCAGGACAGAAGAUAGAAAAAUCUAUCUGAACGGCCCUCAAAAGGUUGAAUUCAUGGUCCCUGCUCUGAACGUAGCAUCUGUGCCUUAUAGCAAUGAAAAUGUCACAUUUUACUUGGGCUUUACAAUGAGGGGCCCUGUGGCAUUCAAUGUCACUAUUAAGAAUAUAUGAGGAUCAAAUGUGACCUGCUUCAGGUGCUCUUGGGGUCACUUGGAACUUGGAAGGAACUGACGAGAAGAAAUGUGUACUGUAUGUUUCAUAGUCUUUCAACUGGAAUCUACUGGAAUCAAUCAAUGACCAUUCAAUUUUCUCAUAGGUCAUUUUGUGAUCAUGUGGGGUUCUAUGUCUUCUGACUUAUCUAAACAAGCAGGUUAUGAUAAUAUUUUAGAUAUUUUAAUGUAUUCUGAAAUCAAAUGCAUCUAGCACAUCUGCCUUUUGAAUAAUCAUAUUUUGCAUCAUACAGUCAGAACAAUUGACUCUUUGCAGAAUGUCUUGUGUAUCUUCAUUGGGACAGUAACCUACCAUUUGGUAGGUCCUUGAAAAGGUGCAUUGCCCUAAUGCACAAUUCUUACUCAGCCUAUGUCUCAGCUAAUUUUUGCAGUGAUAAAUGUUGGGUUUCCUAUUAAUGUGAUUGAUACAUCUUUUUAGUGUGUCUAUGCUAUUCUGAUUUUGAAUUGUGAAAUGAGAAAUAUAUUACAUAUUUAGAAUUAUUUUCUAUUUUUACUAUACAUGAAAGUAUAUAGCCUACUAUGUAAUGAUCUGAUAUGUGGAUUUUGGAUUAUGUCACCAAAUGUCUUAUGCAAAUGCAAC